AUGGAAGAUGUUAUUCAUGAGUACCUAAAGGGGGAGAAUGCAUGUGCUUUAGAAGGUAAUAUUUCUGUUCAGCACCUACCAUACUCUGACAAAAAGACAUUUCCCAUUUUGGAAGUGGAUGAAGAAAGUUUGGGAAUUCCUAAAAGCUUAUCCAUGGUAGAUAUUGUUGAAUCAUAUUUUGAGAAUCUCAGACCUCAAAGUUUUGAUGAACAAUAUCAGUCCAUAACAGAGGGAAGGGAACUUUUGGAUUCUAAAGUGCAUGACCUGGUGAAGUUGUUCUCAGAGGACUGUGUAUCAAAGAAGAGUUUGAUCUUAUCAGAUCUAUUUACUGAAAGAGAUUUCUUAAAUAUGUUGGAAAAUGAACACGUGGGUGGAACAUUGCAGGCUGGUAGUGAUUUGUUAGUGAAUCUAAUUACCUUCCAGGAGUUUGUGUUCCUUGAUGAAGAUAUGAUUAAUAAUACCUUUGAAGCUUUUUAUUAUACAAAAGCAUCGGAUGAUUUAAAAUCAAAUGACUGGAUGUUCAAAAAAGAGUUUAAUUAUAAGAGUUUUGAUGAUUUGGUUGUUAGUAAUGAGAUGGCACUAGUAGACGACACAUUCAGAUCAUUGCCUGUACCUGUAAUCUCUGACCACAUAAAGAUGAUUAAUGUACAUGAUAUCAUUGGAGAACUAUUUUCAAACAUGAAGACCCGACCUCUAUCUGCAUCUGAUGGAAUUUACUUAAACUGGGAUCUACUGGAAGAAGAUAAAUGCAAUUACAAUAUAUCUAAUUGGUAUCAGAACAUAUGGGCCAAGAUAGAUAUGAAAAACCAUGAUUUCAGAAGAAAAUCUUUUGACAAUAGAAAAAUGAUCUUUGAUCUAGUUUUCUUUGAUGAUUCAAUAAUUGAAUGGGACCAUAAAAAUAGUGAAGAGUUGCAGAAUUUGCUUUCUGAUAGAAUUUCUCAGCUUGACAGUCAGCCUGUAGAAUUUGCUGUGAGCACACUUUUAGAACAUGGAUCUUCCAAUAAAGGAUGUCAAGAACAAUUACUUGGAAAAUAUUCACAGAGGAAGUCUAUGUCAGAUAUCAGCAACCUUCAUGAUACUACGGGUAAAUGUGACCUUCAACAAAGUGAAGAAUUGCAAAAGUUGCUUUCUGACAGCAUUUCUCAGCCCGUAGAAUUUGCUGCAGGCAAAUUAUUAGAAAAUGGGUCUUCCAAUCAAGGACAUCAAGAACAAUUACCAGAAAGAAAUGCAGAGAGGGCUUCAUUAUUAUUUAAGUCUAUUUCAGAAAUCAGCAACCUUGAUUAUUUCUUAAACCCUCAAAAAGCAACUGUUAAGAAGAGUUGUUAUUUUGCAGUAGACUCCACCAAUGCUAACGUUAAUAUUCCAAAAUAUGCAACCGCUGCAGUGAAACCUGGUCUACAAUCACAAGGAUGGCACACUGUUCUGCAUAGAGUUAAGCUGUCUGAUAAUAUUGUGGCUCUUGCUAGAGAUUUUGGAAAAAGCUAUCUGGCCAUUUUGCGGAGUGAUACAGAGCUGACAAAGACACAUAAAUCAGAUGUUCAUUAUUUUGAAUUGCUGAGUCUUCAAAAGCACAAACUGAUUGAAUUCCAUGUAAAUGGAAAUAAUAUGGCGUUUAUUGUGUUAAGUGCAAUUAAACAGGCAGUUUGGUACUUAUGUUUCUAUGGUCUCAAUCCAGCAUGGUUGUAUCUAGAAAAACUAUGUCAAAACAUGGGCUACUUGAAAUCAAGAUUAGGCACCCUCCAAGCUUUGAUCAAAGAUGAAAACAGGAAGAUGGAAAACAAUAUUACUAUGGCACACUCAUCGCUAACAAUUGUCAAGGAAAUUUUACAGGCAAACAUCAAACAGGAUAGUUUGAAAGCUUUAAUUGUGGCUGAAGAAGUAUUCUGGUGGUCUUUGAAAAAUCUUCUUCUCUCCCUGAGGUUAUCAUUUGGUGAAUUAAAUGACACUUACAGAAAUCACCCAUAUGCAAAUAAUCUGCCUGAGGAAUCUGAUACUAAAAUGAUGGAACUUCUGAGUUCAGACUGCUUGCUGGUUUCAUACAAGCAUGUUUCUCCAUUAUUUCCAUUCAACAAAUUUGGCAUUACCUUGGAAUAUGGCGGUCCAAAUGAUUCUUCUAGAAUAUCUGAAUUUUCAUCAAAUUCAGUUGGAUUGCCUAAUCUUCAUUUUUUGACGGUUGAAUUGAAUGGCCAUGCCGUUCUCAAAGCACUCUGUCAAGGUGUUGAGUUACCCCUGUACACUGAAAUGUUCCCGGAAACUGAGACUCCUCUUAUUUUCAAUCACAAGGAAAGUAUGGUGAAUCGAAAAUUAGAGCGACUACUGAACUUUUAUCCUACGGAACACAGCCAUGAUAUAAAAUCUUCAAAGGCUGCACUUGAAACAGACAAUUUUAUGCGUCUAAUUCCGGCUGUGGAAACUGAGAAUGACCAUCAAAGCUUAGAGUCUUUUACUGGAUCAGUUAUCAUUGUCAAUACUCAAAAUGUAGAUAAGGAAAUGAUAGUGUCCAGAAGAAGCUCUUACCAAGUAAUUCUUGUGUUGGAGAAAAGAGGAAUUCAAGUUGCUGAACGUGAAUUAGAUUUACCAGUGGAUAUUAUAUUUAGUUCAGCAGUUUGUUUGGCAUGGUAUGAUAGUACAAACCUUUGGAAGAAAGCAACUCCGGCGACUGAGGCAUCUUCAAGUUUGCCUUUAUGUAUCGAUAAUAUUGCAACUGAUGUUCUGCCAUUGCUUAGUUUUUACUUCUGUGGAUGCUUUCUGGUCUUUGAAGGGGAAUUUAACUUUCUUUCAACUGUUAUGGAGUACUCGGAUGGACUUUAUGCAGCAGCCACAAGCCUAGGAAUGGAUUUGCAGAUCUUCUUCUCUUACUCACCAGAGUUGACUAAUGAAAUUAUGAUAAACUGCAUUAAGAGUACUGCCAUUCAGACAAGGGGUCUGUAUUCUAAAAUGCCUGAUUCAGUAACUCUAGCAGAGUCCUUUCUUACACAGUUUCCUGGAAUAAAUCCUUUAACAGCACAGUCUAUACUAUCUUUAGGGGUCACACUCAAUGAGUUUCUUGCUUGGUCACACGAACAAAGGAUACAUGUUUUAGAAAAAUAUAAUGUUCCAGAACAAAGUCUUUCUCUAUUUAGCGUCUUCUGCAAAUAUGGGGAAAGGGAGGAUUCAAAAUCCAUAAUGACAAACUGCUCUUCUUCGGUAUCUUCUGGUCCAGACUCAGAUAGGUGUCGGUUUUAUCAAUUUGACAAUAAAAGAAAAAGACCAGAAAUGACUUUUAGCAGCGCAACAAAAGACAGCGCUUUCUACAAAAGCGCUGCUAAAGGGUCAUGA